GAUAACACGUGAGUUGCGACGCCCCCCUCAUCAAAAAUGGCACUGAUCACUGGGAAGACGACGUUAGACGACACCGUGCCGUUAAUAUGCUCAGUUGAGACCGCACAAAAUGUCGGAGAUCAUGUGUCAUAUGAGAUCAAGGUACAGAGAGGGAUAGCAGCAGAGAAGGUAUGGACAGUCAACAAGAGGUACAGCGACUUUGUAGCUCUGGACACGUGUCUUAAGACUGCCAAUAUUGACCUACCACUGCCCCCAAAGAAAGUGUUUGGGAAUUUUGACAGAGAAUUUGUAGCAGACAGAAAGAAUGGAUUACAGACCUACCUGGAAGCCAUUCUGAGGAAUCUUCUCUUAGCAUCCAGUGCAUUUACCAAGAGGUUUUUGGAUGAAGGACAUUAUUCGAGGAAUUUUCAAGAGGAGGCACUGCAGCAUGUUUCUAUGUUCUUUAGAUCAGAACCAAAAUAUGAAGUCAUAGAACCUCUCCCUGACAUAGGUUGGAGGAUAAGGAAGCAGUAUUUCUUAGUGAAAUGUGCAGAUCAGCCCAAGCUGAAGCAAGUACUCUCAUGGUGUAAUUAUGGCCCUGACAAGUUUUUACAGGACAAAGACCUGACUGCAAUAUUCAAAUUAUUUUCCAAUUUUCAACAUCCAUAUAUCUAUCCAGUGGGGUUUGGCUAUGCCAAUGAGAGCGGAGGACUGACAAUUAGACAUUACAAUGAACAGGGCUCAUUUAGGGACAAUUUAUGUAGGGCAAAGCCAAAAGGCCACUGUCUCAAAAAGUAUGGAAAUCCAAAAACAAGAAUAUUUAUGCAGUUGCCAGAUGUGAAGUUAUUCGGAAGACAGAUUUUAGAAACCUUGAAAUUUUUACAUGAUAAAGGGGUGCCCUAUGGUCAUUUACACGCAGGAAACAUUCUAUUGCAUGAUGGGAAGUGCAAACUUACAGAACUGGAGAACUGGUUUCUGGGAUUGCCAGCAUAUUACAGACCGUAUUAUACACAGUUUAAAAAAAUAAAUACCCUAGAAUCUAUAGAUGUGUAUAGUUUUGGUCAGUUAUUGUAUGAGCUGUCCACUGGGGUCCAGUUGGGCUCACCAACCUGUGAUGUCUUUCCUCCCUCACUGCCCCCAGAAGUCAGGUCAGUGUUGGAGAGCAUACUGACACAGGAAGCCUGUAAGAAUGGUUUACCAUCUGUGACAGAUCUGCUACAACACACGCUGUUCUGUGAUGUGCACCUCCCCAGUACAGAUAAACCAGCUGUGAAGAUUCCCAGUAAACUGAAAGAGGCAAUCAAACUAGCCAAAGAACAAAUGGAGAAGAGGCUGAAGGAAGAACAAAAGGCGAUCCACACAGUGAGGAGGAGAUCCAAAGCUCAACAAUUCCACAUGUCAGAGGAAGAGAAGAAAAAGAGGAGGAAAAAUAAAAAGAAAUCCCUGGCAGACUCGGAAGAGGGCAGUGGUAGCAGCAAGCGUGACAGUAAUCCUCCCACAAGUCCAGGUCCUAGUAGUACCAGCUCUACACCAGCCACUCCCACAGCCCCCACGGCCCCCACGGCACCAGCUGCUCCUGAUGAAUGUAAUGGUUAACGUUAAGACAGAUAGUGACUUCUCUCAAGAGGUU